AUGGCUUUGUCUGUGGACUCUGCUUUGUACCGUUGGCAGCGACUAGGAGCUGAAAGUCCUUCCCAGACUCUAUCAGAAUCGACACCACUGCUGUUUGCUGUCAGAGACAAACCAAAAGUCAACUUAAACAAAUGGAGGAUUGUGUUUCCUGACAAUGGGAGGCAGUGGAAAGACUGGAAACAAGCUUCAGUAUUUUAUUCUGGAAACAGGAUACAGACCACAAAAUACACGUGGGUCACCUUUUUGCCCAAAAAUAUUUUUGAGCAGUUUCACAGACUGGGUAAUCUUUAUUUCUUCUUUCUGGUGGUUCUGAACUGGUUCCCACAAGUGGAAGUCUUCCAUAGGGAGAUUACUAUGAUGCCUCUGAUUGCGGUGCUGCUUGCCAGUAUGAUUAAGGAUGCUAUUGAAGACUAUAGAAAAUACCAAUUUGAUAAGAUGAUAAACUUCUCUAAAACCAGGGUAUAUGACAAGGAGGAACGUGCUUAUGUUGAGAAGUGCUGGAAAGAUGUCCGAGUGGGGGAUUUUGUGCAGCUGCAGUGUAACGAGACCAUCCCAGCUGACAUCCUACUGCUGUACUCCUCUGACCAGAAUGGGAUCUGUCACUUGGAGACUGCCAACCUUGACGGGGAGACCAACCUCAAACAGCGACAAGUCGUGACGGGGUUCUCCAGCCAGAAUACUAUGUUUGAACCUGAAUUUUUCCAAAACACCAUCAUCUGUGAAAUGCCUAAUAACGAUCUCAAUAAAUUCAAAGGGUACAUGGAGAAGCCAAAUCAUGAACGGAUCGGUUUUAACAUUGAAAGCCUCUUGCUUCGUGGAUGUACAAUCAGAAAUACUGAGGCUGCAAUAGGAAUAGUUAUAUAUGCAGGUCAUGAAACUAAGGCCAUGCUAAAUAACAAUGGUCCUCGUUACAAGCGCAGCAAGAUAGAGCAACGGAUGAAUAUGGAUAUUUUCUUAUGUGUGGGACUCCUGUUCGUGAUGUGUCUUGUUGGAGCUAUAGGGCAUGGCAUUUGGACUGGAAACUUCUCAGAGCAUCCGCCUUAUGAUGUCCCAGGCAAGAAUGGCAAUUUUCUGUCCCCAGUUCUUGCCGGUUUCUACAUGUUCUUGACAAUGAUAAUCCUGUUGCAGGUUUUAAUCCCCAUUUCUCUUUACGUGUCCAUUGAGUUAGUCAAGUUGGGCCAAGUCUUUUUAAUUCACAAUGACAUUGACCUGUAUGAUGAAGAGGCAGAUUUGCCCAUACAGUGCCGUGCCCUAAAUAUUACUGAAGAUCUUGGACAAAUCCAGUAUAUCUUCUCAGACAAAACUGGGACACUGACAGAAAACAAAAUGGUCUUCCGACGCUGUACUGUCGGUGGAAUUGAGUUUUCACAUCAGGAAAAUGCCAAGCGCCUGGAAACCCACAAAGAGUUGGAUUUAGAUGAUGAGGACUUUGCAAAACAUCAACGUUUCACUCUUCCUCCCAUGAAUAUUGAGGCACCAGCCAUUCAUAAGCAGAGGACCACAAGACCUGUAAGGAGGUGCCAGAGUGCUAGGGCUCAUUUUCAGGGGCAUACAAGGAACAGGUCACUUGGUCGUCGUGACAGCAACCAGUCUCAAGUGGCAUUCAGCAGUACCAUUGAGAAGGAUGUGACUCCUGAUAGCAGCCUGCUGAGGCACGUGAGAGAAGCUGCACUCCAGACUGAAAACCUUUCUCCUUUUUUACAUACGAAGACUUCCACAUCCCUUACUGACUUUUUUCUUGCCCUUGCCAUUUGCAAUACAGUCCUGGUCUCCACAGCUACCAAGCCAAGACAAAGGGUCACAGUCCCACCACCAAUAAAACCUUCAGGAAUCACCCUGGAGAAGAUUCAUCAGAUAUUUCAACGGCUAAAAUUAGCAAGCCUUAGUCAGUCUUUUUCAUCAUCUCAGUCUAGUUCAGACCUAGGUGCUAGCUUCAGCGCAAGGAACACCGCGGAGCAUCUUGCUGCGUUGGAUUGCUGUGACAAUGACGAUGACUGCUGUGCCAGCAGUAGAGACAAUGAUCUUCAGGGCAAGGGCAGCACAGAUAUUGGCAGUGCUUCCUUGGAUGAGGUUUUUAAAUCCAUGACUAACAGUUCUUUGCCAACAGACUUCUGUUAUGAGGCUGAAAGCCCAGACGAGGCAGCACUUGUCUAUGCUGCCCAGGCAUAUAGUUUUACUUUAGUGUCUCGAACUCCAGAACAGGUGACUGUACAGUUGCCAAAAGGCACGCUCCUCACUUUCGAUAUUCUUUACACUUUGGGAUUUGACUCAGUAAGGAAAAGGAUGUCUGUGGUGGUGAGACACCCUCUAACCAAGGAGAUCGUUGUCUAUACAAAAGGAGCUGACUCUGUUAUAAUGGACUUGCUGGAAGACUCUGCCAAAGGUACUGACGUUAGUGCAGAGAAGAGAAGGUUAAAAGAAAAAACACAGAAGCAUCUGGACUACUAUGCCCGUGAUGGCCUACGAACUCUGUGCAUAGCUAAGAAGGUCUUGACUGAAGACGACUUUCAAAAAUGGGCCAAUUUUCGUCGAGAGGCAGAAGCUGCAAUUGACAACAGAGAUGAGCUGUUGAUGGAGACAGCACAGCAUCUGGAGACCAAACUCACCUUGCUGGGAGCAACAGGGAUUGAAGAUCGGCUGCAAGAUGGAGUGCCUGACACUAUCGAAGCUCUUCGAGAAGCUGGGAUACAAAUCUGGGUGUUGACAGGAGACAAACAGGAAACAGCAGUUAACAUUGCAUAUUCCUGUAAACUCCUGAACCAAAGAGACACUGUCUUCACCAUUAACACUGAAAAUAAGGAAACUUGUGAAUCUCUCUUGAAUUUAACCUUGGAAGAGGUGAGGAAGAAUUAUGAGGUUGAAAAAACACGGAGGAAAUUUUUUGGCAUUAUCCCAGCAUCUUUCUCAGCCUCUGAGGGCCCCAGUCCUGAGUUCGGACUGGUUAUUGAUGGACAGACACUGAACAUCAUCUUCCAGGGGGGCCUGGAGAAGAAGUUCCUGGAGUUGACAAAGCACUGCCGCUCAGUGCUGUGCUGCCGUUCCACCCCUCUUCAGAAGAGCAUGGUGGUCAAGCUCGUCCGGAGGCAGCUUAAAGCGAUGACCCUGUCAAUAGGUGAUGGUGCAAAUGAUGUAAGUAUGAUUCAAGCAGCUGAUGUUGGAGUUGGAAUAUCUGGCCAAGAAGGCAUGCAGGCUGUGAUGGCUAGUGACUUUGCAAUAUCCCGAUUUAAGCAUCUCAAAAAACUGCUUCUUGUCCAUGGACAUUGGUGUUAUGCUCGCCUGGCAAAGAUGGUGAUUUACUUUUUCUACAAAAAUGUGAGCUACGUCAACCUGCUCUUCUGGUACCAAUUCUUCUGCGGGUUCUCAGGCAGCACAAUGAUAGAUUACUGGCAGAUGAUUUUUUUCAAUCUUUUCUUCACCUCGAUGCCCCCUCUUCUCUUUGGAGUCCUGGAUAGAGAUGUUUCUGCAGAAACACUUCUAGGUUUGCCAGCGUUGUACAAGAAUGGACAAAAUUCAGAGAUAUACAAGCUGUCAACUUUUAUUAUUACGAUGUUGGAUGCCUUCUAUCAGAGCCUCAUUUGCUUCUUUGUUCCUUAUUUGACAUACAAGGACUCUGACAUAGAUGUGUUUUCCUUUGGAAACCCCAUCAAUACCAUCUCCCUCCUGACCAUUCUCUUGCACCAGGCUCUAGAAAUGAAAACAUGGACCCUGUUCCACUUGGGAACGAUGAUUGGCAGUGUGAUGUUUUACUUCAUCUUCUCUCUGAUCUACAAUGCCGCCUGCGUGGUCUGCAACCCCCCCACCAACCCCCACUGGAUUAUGGAGAAACAGCUUUCAGACCCCACCUUCUAUUUACUGUGUCUCGUUACCCCAGUCAUCGCACUCUUGCCAAGGUUCUUUAUUUUCACUCUACAAGGAACCUUUGGAGCAUCUCUGAUUCUGAAAGCACAGCAAAUAGAUAAACUUCCUAAAGGGCAACGGGAUCUUGAAAUCCAGAAAUUGAGAUCAAGAAAACAAACUACUUCUGGUGCACCUGUAGCAUUACCUGCAUCUAAUGAUGACCUUGACCAAAACAUCAGCCACUUAUGUGCGUCACCAUUUUUACAUCCAGUGGCAACAGCUGUGGCUCAUGGGGACACAGAAAGUCUGGGACUUUCUGCCUCUGAAGUGAACUCUCUCAAGAAAUGGACACCUGAAGAAGGCUACUAUUUCUUUAAUAGGGUAACAACUCCUGGACAGGACAGUGGCAAACUGACUGAAGAUAAUGCUAACAAUUUUAACCAUGGAAGUCAUCAACGAUCUGUGAGUGCAAUGACACUCUGA